GCUCGCAGCACCGCCGGGCGCCCGUCGGGCUCUGGGAGAGAGAAAUCCGGUUAAAAUCAGAGUCGGAGGGAGGUUUAACCACAGAUCGGUUCCGAUCGGAUUAUUCCUUAAAGGGGACGCGCCAUUGUCAAGGGAACGGAGCCUGGGGUCCGAGGGCGGGGACCGGCGGCGCCUGAGGAGCGAGGCAGCUGCACUUGGACUGGGGACGGUAACAAAGCCUUCCACUUUCUGAGCAUCUAAGAAACAUGCACAUGGAUGAGUCUCCCAACAGCCAGAGCUUAGAUGAAGCUGGGUUAUAAGCUGUGUGUAUCCUGCCCCUCCACUGCCUACCUGUUGAUCACUGGGCUGGUCAGAGGUCUUCCAGCCUUCAACAUUCCAUAUUCUGCUUCAUACAUGGGGAAUCACUGCUGCUUUGCCCCAGGUGCCCACUUGAGUGCCUGUAAAGUACGAGCUACAGAUUGAAGAAGCUUCUAGAUGGAUCCUUUCCAAAUUUUGUGUCUUUUCUACAAAAUCUGUGCCUCAAUAACCAUUUCUAAGUGAGCUGAAGCCAUUCAUUUGAGUCUUGGAUGAUUCACAUCUAAAUACUUUAUUCUCAAAACUGCUCAAGUCACACAGUCAGAAUUAGAUGAUCCACGUUACCACCAAGAAAUUACUGUCUUCAGUGACACGCUUCAGCACCAGUCAGCAAAGUGAAUAAGUACUGUGCUUCUUCCAACUUUCAUUCCACUUGGGGAAGAAAGAAUCUCAUCAUGUCAAACAUUACAAUUGACCCGGAUGUCAAGCCUGGUGAAUAUGUCAUCAAGAGCCUCUUUGCAGAAUUUGCUGUUCAAGCUGAAAAGAAAAUUGAAGUUGUAAUGGCUGAACCCUUGGAGAAGCUGUUGUCCAGAUCUCUUCAGAGGGGUGAAGACCUGCAGUUUGACCAGUUGAUAAGCUCUAUGAGCUCAGUAGCAGAGCACUGUCUCCCUUCCUUACUUCGCACCUUGUUUGACUGGUAUAGACGCCAGAAUGGAACUGAAGAUGAGUCUUAUGAGUAUAGGCCUCGAUCUAGCACAAAGUCUAAGGGGGAUGAACAGCAACGUGAAAGAGAUUACCUUCUGGAAAGGCGGGACUUAGCAGUAGAUUUCAUUUUUUGUUUAGUUUUAGUUGAAGUUCUAAAGCAGAUUCCUGUUCAUCCUGUACCUGAUCCCUUAGUUCAUGAAGUUCUAAACUUGGCUUUUAAGCACUUUAAACAUAAGGAAGGAUAUUCAGGAACCAACACUGGGAAUGUGCACAUCAUUGCAGAUUUAUACGCAGAGGUGAUAGGGGUUCUUGCCCAAUCAAAGUUUCAGGCAGUCAGGAAGAAGUUCGUGACAGAAUUGAAAGAACUGCGACAGAAGGAGCAAAGCCCACAUGUGGUACAAAGUGUCAUCAGCUUAAUAAUGGGAAUGAAAUUUUUCCGGGUGAAAAUGUAUCCUGUAGAAGAUUUUGAAGCAUCAUUUCAGUUUAUGCAGGAAUGCGCUCAGUAUUUCUUAGAAGUAAAAGACAAAGAUAUAAAACAUGCACUUGCUGGUUUAUUUGUGGAGAUUCUUAUCCCUGUAGCUGCUGCUGUUAAAAAUGAAGUGAAUGUUCCCUGUUUGAAAAAUUUUGUGGAGAUGCUUUAUCAGACUACUUUUGAACUGAGCUCCAGGAAGAAGCAUUCAUUGGCUUUAUAUCCACUAAUUACCUGCCUUUUAUGUGUCAGUCAGAAACAGUUUUUUUUAAAUAACUGGCAUAUUUUCCUACAGAACUGUUUGUCACAUUUAAAGAUGCCAUCUAACAACAGUAUCAGAAAACAAAUAGAAACACUCCAGAAUAAAGAUCCUAAAAUGUCUCGAGUUGCACUGGAAUCCUUGUAUAGAUUGUUGUGGGUUUAUGUAAUUAGAAUAAAAUGUGAAAGCAACACUGUAACUCAAAGUCGUCUCAUGAGCAUAGUGUCAGCACUUUUUCCGAAAGGCUCCCGAAGUGUGGUUCCUCGUGACACACCUCUCAACAUUUUUGUAAAGAUUAUUCAGUUCAUUGCUCAGGAACGUUUGGAUUUUGCAAUGAAAGAAAUAAUAUUUGAUCUUCUCAGUGUUGGAAAAUCUACUAAAACUUUCACCAUUAAUCCAGAGAGAAUGAACAUAGGCCUCAGAGUCUUCCUUGUAAUUGCUGACAGUUUGCAGCAGAAAGAUGGUGAACCCCCAAUGCCCACAACAGGGGUUAUUCUUCCCUCAGGAAAUACUCUUCGUGUGAAGAAAAUUUUUCUCAAUAAAACUUUGACAGAUGAAGAGGCAAAAGUCAUAGGAAUGUCAGUUUACUAUCCUCAAGUAAGAAAAGCAUUAGAUAGCAUUCUCCGACACUUGGACAAAGAAGUUGGGAGACCAAUGUGUAUGACUAGCGUGCAGAUGUCUAAUAAGGAGCCUGAAGAUAUGAUUACGGGGGAAAGAAAACCUAAAAUUGAUUUGUUUAGAACUUGCAUCGCUGCAAUUCCAAGGUUGAUUCCUGACGGUAUGAGCAGAACUGACCUCAUUGAAUUGUUAGCAAGGCUCACAAUUCACAUGGAUGAAGAACUGCGUGCUCUGGCUUUCAAUACUCUGCAGGCGCUAAUGCUUGAUUUUCCAGAUUGGAGGGAGGAUGUUCUUUCAGGAUUUGUUUAUUUUAUUGUUCGUGAAGUGACUGAUGUCCACCCCACGCUUCUUGAUAAUGCUGUAAAGAUGUUGGUACAAUUAAUAAAUCAGUGGAAACAAGCAGCCCAAAUGCAUAACAAAAACCAGGACUCACAGCAUGGUGUAGCUAAUGGAGCCUCUCAUCCCCCUCCUCCGGAAAGGACCCCAUAUUCCACCGUGUUCCAUGUGGUUGAAGGUUUUGCACUCGUUAUCCUGUGUAGCAGUCGACCUGCCACUAGGAGAUUAGCCGUCAGUGUCCUUAGAGAAAUACGGGCUUUGUUUGCACUUUUGGAAAUACCUAAGGGUGAUGAUGAAUUAGCCAUAGAUGUGAUGGACAGGCUGAGCCCAUCCAUUCUAGAGAGCUUCAUCCAUCUCACUGGGGCUGAUCAGACUACUUUGCUGUAUUGCCCUAGCUCAAUAGAUUUACAAACAUUAGCAGAGUGGAACUCUUCUCCUAUUAGCCACCAGUUUGAUGUGAUUAGUCCAUCACACAUAUGGAUAUUUGCACAUGUGACCCAAGGCCAAGACCCAUGGAUUAUAAGUCUCUCCAGUUUUUUAAAGCAAGAAAACCUUCCUAAACACUGCUCAACAGCUGUGAGCUAUGCUUGGAUGUUUGCAUAUACAAGGUUGCAGUUGUUGUCCCCCCAGGUGGAUAUAAACAGCCCCAUCAAUGCUAAGAAAGUAAAUACUACCACAAGCAGUGACUCAUACAUUGGCCUGUGGAGAAACUAUCUGAUUCUUUGCUGCAGUGCAGCAACAUCCGCGUCCUCUUCAGCAUCUGCAGGCUCUGUGAGAUGUUCUCCUCCCGAGACGCUGGCGUCCACCCCUGAUAGUGGCUAUGGAAUUGAUUCUAAAAUUAUUGGCAUCCCAUCCCCUUCAUCCUUGUUUAAGCACAUAGUUCCGAUGAUGCGCUCUGAGAGCAUGGAAAUCACAGAAUCCCUUGUUCUAGGUCUUGGCAGGACCAACCCAGGAGCUUUCAGGGAACUAAUAGAGGAAUUACAUCCAAUAAUUAAAGAGGCACUCGAAAGAAGGCCAGAGAAUAUGAAACGGCGCAGGCGUCGAGACAUUUUACGAGUUCAGCUGGUACGAAUAUUUGAACUGCUGGCAGAUGCUGGUGUCAUUAGUCACAGUGCAAGUGGUGGCCUUGAUAAUGAAACACAUUUCCUCAACAACACUCUAUUGGAGUAUGUAGAUUUAACCAGACAACUCCUGGAAGCAGAAAAUGAAAAAGACUCUGACACACUGAAGGAUAUACGAUGCCAUUUUAGUGCCUUAGUGGCGAAUAUCAUUCAGAAUGUUCCAGUGCACCAGAGAAGAAGUAUUUUUCCUCAACAGAGCCUUCGUCACAGUCUGUUUAUGCUGUUCAGUCACUGGGCAGGUCCUUUUAGCAUCAUGUUUACACCCUUGGACAGAUACAGUGAUAGGAAUAUGCAAAUUAAUAGACAUCAAUACUGUGCAUUAAAGGCUAUGUCUGCUGUACUAUGUUGUGGCCCUGUUGCAGAUAAUGUAGGACUUUCAUCAGAUGGCUAUUUGUACAAAUGGCUGGAUAACAUUUUGGACUCUCUGGACAAAAAGGUUCAUCAGUUGGGCUGUGAAGCAGUCACAUUGUUGCUGGAGCUGAACCCUGAUCAGAGCAACCUGAUGUACUGGGCUGUGGAUCGUUGCUACACAGGUUCCAAGAGGGUGGCAGCUGGCUGCUUUAAAGCCAUCGCUAAUGUCUUCCAGAACAGGGAUUAUCAGUGUGACACAGUGAUGCUCCUAAAUCUGAUACUGUUUAAAGCAGCUGAUUCUUCUAGAAGUAUCUAUGAAGUUGCUAUGCAACUGUUACAGAUUCUGGAACCCAAGAUGUUUCGCUAUGCUCACAAAUUGGAGGUUCAGAGAACAGAUGGAGUGCUCAGCCAGCUUUCUCCCCUGCCACAUCUCUAUUCUGUUUCAUAUUAUCAGUUGUCUGAGGAAUUAGCAAGGGCGUAUCCUGAGCUCACUCUCGCCAUAUUCUCAGAGAUAAGCCAGAGGAUUCAGACAGCUCACCCUGCUGGGCGGCAGGUGAUGUUGCACUAUCUCUUACCCUGGGUGAACAACAUCGAGUUGGUGGAUUUAAAACCUCUGCCCACAGCAAGGCGACAUGAUGACGAUGAAGAUGAUUCAUUAAAAGACCGAGAACUUAUGGUGACCAGCAGGCGCUGGUUACGGGGAGAAGGCUGGGGAUCCCCACAAGCCACUGCGAUGGUUCUCAACAACCUCAUGUACAUGACAGCAAAGUAUGGCGAUGAGCUGGCCUGGUCAGAGGUGGAGAAUGUGUGGACCACGCUUGCAGACGGCUGGCCAAAGAACCUAAAAAUAAUUUUGCACUUUUUGAUCAGCAUCUGUGGGGUGAACAGUGAACCAAGCCUCUUGCCUUACGUGAAGAAAGUCAUCGUUUAUUUAGGCAGGGACAAGACGAUGCAGCUGCUAGAGGAGCUGUUGAGCGAACUUCAGCUGACGGACCCGGUCAGCUCAGGCGUCACCCACAUGGAUAACCCCCCCUACUACCGCAUCACUUCCAGCUACAAAAUCCCUUCCGUCACCUCAGGAACUACUUCCAGUAGCAAUACAAUGGUAGCUCCCACAGAUGGCAACCCUGAUAAUAAGCCCAUAAAGGAGAACCUAGAAGAGAGCUACGUGCACCUGGACAUCUACAGUGGACUGAACAGCCAUUUAAACCGUCAGCACCACAGACUAGAGUCUCGAUACAGCAGCAGCUCUGGAGGAUCUUAUGAAGAAGAAAAAAGUGAUUCAAUGCCACUUUAUUCUAAUUGGCGACUGAAGGUGAUGGAGCAUAACCAAGGAGAGCCACUGCCCUUCCCACCAGCUGGAGGCUGCUGGUCACCACUGGUGGAUUACGUGCCUGAAACGUCGUCACCUGGAUUACCUCUUCACAGGUGUAACAUAGCGGUGAUCCUUCUGACGGAUCUGAUCAUCGAUCACAGUGUGAAGGUGGAAUGGGGAAGCUACCUCCAUCUUCUUCUUCAUGCGAUUUUUAUAGGGUUUGACCACUGCCACCCUGAGGUGUAUGAACAUUGUAAACGCCUGCUUCUGCACUUAUUAAUAGUGAUGGGACCCAACAGCAACAUCCGAACUGUUGCUUCUGUCCUUCUCAGGAACAAGGAGUUUAAUGAGCCCAGGGUGCUUACAGUCAAACAAAUUGCACACUUAGAUUAUACUUUCACAGCAGGCAUUAGCGAUUUUGUACCUGAUUACCAGCCCUCCCCCAUGACCGACUCAGGGCUUAGCUCAAGUUCUACCUCUUCUAGUGUCAGCUUAGGAAAUAGCAGCGCUGCCGUUUCACACCUGCACACCACGCUCCUCAACGAGGUGGACAUCUCAGUGGAGCAGGACGGAAAGGUCAAAACCCUCAUGGAGUUCAUUACCUCAAGAAAAAGAGGGCCCCUUUGGAACCAUGAGGAUGUUUCUGCCAAGAAUCCUAGCAUAAAGAGUGCUGAACAGUUAACUACGUUUUUGAAACACGUGGUUUCUGUUUUCAAGCAAUCAAGCGCAGAAGGAAUUCAUCUGGAACAUCACCUUAGUGAAGUUGCUCUGCAAACAGCGCUUUCUUGUUCUUCUCGACACUAUGCUGGGAGAUCCUUUCAAAUUUUCAGGGCCCUGAAGCAGCCACUGUCUGCAACUACACUUUCUGAUGUUCUCUCCAGACUUGUAGAAACUGUAGGGGAUCCAGGAGAAGAUGCACAGGGAUUUGUCAUUGAGCUUCUUCUCACCUUGGAGUCUGCAAUUGAUACUUUGGCUGAAACCAUGAAGCAUUAUGAUCUUCUUUCUGCCCUUUCUCAAACCUCAUACCAUGAUCCUAUAAUGGGAAACAAGUAUGCAGCUAACAGGAAAAGCACUGGACAACUCAAUUUAAGCACAAGUCCCAUCAAUAGUAGCAGUUAUUUGGGAUAUAACAGUAAUGCAAGAAGUAACUCUUUGAGAUUAAGUUUAAUUGGUGACCGAAGAGGUGACCGGCGGCGGAGUAACACACUGGAUAUAAUGGAUGGACGAAUAAACCAUAGCAGUAGCUUAGCAAGGACUAGAAGCCUUUCCUCUCUACGAGAGAAAGGAAUGUAUGAUGUGCAGUCCACUACUGAGCCUGCCAACUUGAUGGCCACCAUUUUUUGGAUAGCAGCAUCUUUAUUAGAAUCAGAUUAUGAAUAUGAAUACCUCCUGGCUCUCAGGCUUCUCAACAAACUGCUUAUCCAUUUGCCUUUGGAUAAAUCGGAGAGUCGAGACAAGAUCGAAAAUGUACAAAGCAAAUUGAAGUGGAACAAUUUCCCAGGCCUUCAGCAGCUCUUCCUUAAGGGUUUUACCUCAGUUUCUACCCAAGAAAUGACCGUGCACCUCCUCAGUAAACUCAUUUCUGUCUCCAAACACACAUUGGUGGAUCCCUCCCAAUUGUCAGGCUUUCCUCUUAACAUCCUUUGCUUAUUGCCUCACUUAAUCCAGCAUUUUGACAGCCCAACUCAGUUUUGCAAAGAAACAGCUAGUCGAAUAGCAAAGGUUUGUGCAGAAGAAAAAUGCCCUACACUGGUCAACCUGGCCCACAUGAUGAGCUUGUAUAGUACACAUACAUAUUCCAGAGAUUGUUCUAACUGGAUCAAUGUAGUAUGCAGAUACCUGCAUGACUCCUUUUCAGAUACUACAUUCAAUCUUGUGACUUAUCUUGCAGAGCUGUUAGAGAAAGGAUUGUCCAGUAUGCAGCAAUCAUUACUACAGAUUAUCUAUAGUCUAUUGAGUCAUAUUGACCUGUCUGCAGCCCCAGCCAAGCAGUUCAAUCUGGAGAUCAUAAAGAUUAUUGGCAAAUAUGUACAGAGUCCUUAUUGGAAGGAAGCACUCAACAUAUUAAAGCUGGUAGUGUCACGCUCUGCAAGUCUCGUGGUACCCAACGACAUCCCCAAGACGUAUGUCGGAGACAUAGGCUCUCCUGAAAUAUCCUUCACCAAAAUUUUUAAUAAUGUCUCCAAGGAGUUGCCUGGGAAGACCUUAGAUUUUCAUUUUGAUAUCUCUGAGACACCAAUCAUUGGAAAUAAGUAUGGUGAUCAGCACAGUGCAGCCGGAAGGAAUGGGAAACCAAAAGUGAUUGCUGUCACCAGAAGUACCUCCUCCACCUCCUCCGGUUCCAAUUCUAAUGCCUUGGUUCCUGUCAGUUGGAAAAGGCCACAGUUAUCUCAGCGAAGAACACGAGAGAAGCUAAUGAACGUGCUUUCGCUCUGUGGCCCAGAAUCUGGCCUCCCAAAGAAUCCAUCCGUUAUAUUUUCUUCUAAUGAGGACUUGGAAGUCGGUGACCAACAGACUAGCCUUAUUUCUACAACAGAAGACAUAAUUCAAGAGGAAGAAGUAGCUGUUGAAGAUAACAGCAGUGAACAACAGUUUGGUGUUUUUAAGGAUUUUGACUUUUUAGAUGUUGAAUUGGAAGAUGCAGAGGGUGAAAGCAUGGACAAUUUCAACUGGGGAGUGCGUCGGCGCUCGCUGGACAGUAUCGACAAAGGGGACACGCCAUCCCUCCAGGAGUACCAGUGUUCCAGCAGCACUCCCAGCCUGAACCUGACAAACCAGGAGGACACAGAUGAGUCCUCAGAAGAGGAGGCAGCUCUCACGGCGAGCCAGAUUCUCUCACGCACACAGAUGUUAAACAAUGACUCUGCCGUCGAGGAAACGGUGCCGGACCAUCCCGACUCACUCCUUCAGUCUCAGGAUUCCACUGGCAGCAACACCACGGAAGAAGUACUUCAGAUCCGAGACGAGACCCCCAGCUCGGAGACUUGUCUAGAUAAUGCUAGUAGCCAGCUGCCUGAGGAUACAAGUUCAGUAUUAAAGGAGGAACAUGUUACAGCCUUUGAAGAUGAAGGGUCAUAUAUUAUACAAGAACAACAGGACUCUCUUGUGUGUCAAGGAAUUCUUGAUUUAGAAGAAUCUGAAAUGCCAGAGCCUCUGGCUCCUGAAAGCUGCCCGGAGUCCAUCUGCGAAGAGGACGUUACCUUGGCCUUGAAAGAGCUGGAUGAAAGAUGUGAAGAAGAGGAAGCAGAUUUCUCUGGACUGUCCAGCAGUCAGGAUGAAGAAGAGCAGGAUGGCUUUCCAGAAGCUCAGACAUCACCUCUACCAUCACCCUUUCUUUCUGCCAUAAUAGCGGCUUUUCAGCCAGUGGCAUAUGAUGACGAAGAAGAAGCCUGGCGCUGCCACGUCAAUCAGAUGCUCUCUGACAUGGAUGGGUCCUGUGCAGUGUUUACUUUUCAUGUGUUUUCUAGAUUGUUUCAGACAAUUCAAAGAAAAUUUGGAGAACUAACUAAUGACGCAGUCGGCUUUCUUGGUGAGAGUCUGCAGCGCGUUGGUACCAAAUUUAAAAGUUCUCUGGAAGUGAUGAUGAUGUGUUCAGAAUGCCCGACAGUCUUUGUGGAUGCUGAAACUCUGAUGUCAUGUGGUUUGCUAGAGACACUCAAGUUCAGUGUUCUGGAGUUGCAAGAACACCUGGAUACAUACAAUGCCAAAAGAGAAGCAGCUGAGCAGUGGUUAGACAAUUGUAAGAGGACAUUUGGUGCCAAAGACGACACUUAUAGGAUAAACACAGAUGCACAGCAAAUGGAAAUUCUAGCAGAACUGGAGCUCUGCCGAAGGUUAUACAAAUUGCAUUUUCAAUUGCUGCUUCUGUUCCAAGCCUACUGUAAACUUAUCAAUCAAGUAAAUACAAUAAAAAAUGAAGCAGAGGUCAUCAACAUGUCAGAGGAACUUGCUCAACUGGAAAGUAUCCUCAAAGAAGCUGAGGCUGCUUCUGAAAAUGAAGAAAUUGACAUUUCCAAAGCUGCACAAACCACUAUAGAAACUGCCAUUCAUUCUCUAAUUGAAACUUUGAAAAAUAAGGAAUUUAUAUCAGCUGUAGCACAAGUCAAAGCUUUCAGAUCUCUCUGGCCCAAUGACAUCUUUGGCAGCUGUGAGGAUGACCCCGUGCAAACACUAUUACACAUCUAUUUCCAUCACCAGACUCUGGGUCAGACGGGCAGCUUUGCAGUUAUAGGCUCCAACCUGGACAUGUCAGAAGCCAACUACAAAUUGAUGGAGCUUAAUCUGGAGAUAAGAGAGUCUCUACGCAUGGUGCAGUCAUACCAACUUCUAGCACAGGCCAAACCCAUUGGAAAUAUGGUGAGCACUGGAUUCUGAGAAACUUCAAGCAUUUUGGAGAGAAACUAAAUUGAUGAUUAAGAAUAUUAACCAAGCACCUUUUAUGAACCCUUGUGAUUCACUGAUAACUUUCCUGGCAGCAUCUACAAUUGUAAUGUAACUAAUGUCAAACUGUAUCUGAAGGACAAGAAAAUCUAACAGCUGCCAAUACCUCCCACAAUAACUGUAUGAAGAAGGAAUUUUUUAAAUUAUUUAACCUAUGUGAAAAGAAAAGGGCUAAAAGUGAUGCAUACAAAUACAUUGCUUUCUGGAGAAAGAAAAGAAUUCCAAGAAUGUUUGCAAUAAUGGCCUCUAAUACUGAGACAUCAGAAAGCAGGUGAAAUGAGGCUGAAAUCAAGGCUGGUUCAUUUUAGCCGAAGACCUGCAAAGCUGCUUGGAUUUCUAGCAGCCAUCAACAUCACCUACAGUUGAUGCUUAAUCAUCCUACAUGAACAUCCAGACCGAAAUACAGACUUAUUUGCAAAAACCAUUGUUUUUUGUUUUUUGGGAUUUUUUUUUCCCCCUCAAUUUAUGGGAUAAGGGUUUGGGGUGUUUUGUUUCUAUGGUCUGUGUAAGGAAUUAUGUGUGUGUGAGUUGGGAUGUAUGGAUAUGUGAUAGUCAUAUUUUCAAGGUGUGGAUGUCUGGUGAUAAUGUCUCAGAGCAUGCCUAAAAGAGCACUGCAAGAUUAUUUUUGAAGAAAUUUUAUUUUAUUAGAUCUAACUCUUCAUAGUGUGUAAAUGUUAGAACAUUUUAAUAAUAUUUUAAAACUGGGCCCUCCCAGUAUUUCAAAAAGAAAUAAUAUAUCUGUUAACGUUAUUGGAAUGCUGCUCAGUUCUCUGAUCAGUGCUUAUGUUACGAUUGUUGAUAACUAACCAAAGUAGAUGCCUGCAGAGACUUUAAACUGUAAAAUAAAGAUGUAUGCUGCCCGUCAGCUAUUCUCAUUAGAAAAGUUAACUUAUUUUACUCCAUAAUUAUAGAAACUGUAUAGACUAAAACCAGUAUUUUCUUGUACAUUCGUGCCAUGCACUGUUAUACAAGAAUAGGUGUACAAAGCUAGAGGAAGAACUGUGGUCAUUGAUGGAAGAAUAUAUGGUCUGCAGGCUCUGAAGUCUGCAAAGAGAUGCAAGCGCAUUUUUAUGUUUAAUCAGGACUCACACGUGUCAUGCUAAAGGAACCUGGGGCUAUGUGGGGAGAUGAAAGGCAGCCUGAAGACUACCAAAACACGCAAUAUACUUCCUAAGUCUGUAGCAUAACACGAACUGGAUUCUCUGUCCUUUUUUAAAUAGCAUUUUGUAAAAGAAAUGAAUGUAGUCCCACAACUCCUCUGAUUUGAAAGGAACACCUUGUAUUUUUUAUAUGCAUCUCUUAUCCACUGUGACUAUUCUUUUAAACUGGGCUCUGAUUCCAGAGUUUGGAAUGUAGAAAUGAAAUGCUUAGCUUUGCCUUUUCUUGGGGGUGUGGACCCUGCCAGAAAUGUAAUUAUGCUCAAGUGCAUUAAUUGAAGGCACUGUGCACGCCGUUGGACUGCUGACUCUAGUUGUUGCCUGUAAAAUUCCGUAACUGGUCACGGCACAUUCAUAAUCACUGUAUUUUUGGACCCUGAUAAAAACAAUUAUUUUAAUGGUGUUCUGGUACUGUAAGUGGUGUCCUUUAAAUUAUUUAAUAACUUUUGGGUGUGGGGCAGGCAGAGAUGGAUAGUGUCUGGAGACACAUCACACUUUACAUCCUAUCUUAACUCUCCCCUAUUUUUCUCACCCUCUUUACAUCCUUUUUGUUAAAAAUAAAAAGCAUUGUAGCUGUUGGUUUGUGUGGUAUUUUGAAAAAGCAUGAAUGACUAUAGUGUACAUCAUUUUAAAACUUUCCAAAUGUUAUCUGCAUAAUUCUCAAGUAUAAUUUUCCUUUAAAAAGAAGAGGGAAAAAAG